GUCAGAAAUUGAAAAUCUAAACAGUUCGAGUCUUGUACCAGUACAGUUCACGUAUCGAAGAAAUUUCACAAAUUUAUAAGCUGAGAAGUGUCCACGUAUUACAAAAAUGGUGUCAAAUGAAAUAGCGAAAGAAAUCUGUAAAGAGAUCCUGCAGGGAAGUCUUCAGUGUGAUAUCUGCUGCAGAUUCCUCUUUCCAAAUAAGCAAUGCGCUUUAGGGCAUACUUUUUGUUCAACAUGCCUGACCAAAGUAAAAAGUUGCCCUUUUUGCAGAAGACGAUCCAGAUUUUCUGAAAAUUUGGCUCUCACCUUCAUAGCGUCAUCGUUUCCUGUACGUUGCGCUGCAGGCUGCGGAUACACGGGAUCUCCACAGGACAUGGUGUUUCAUUCGAGCGAGUGUGAGCGCAAGACCUUUGAAUGUCCAACAAGAAGAGUCUUGCCAAAUUUGUCAUCAGAACAUUCCCAGCCUGGAAGACAGAAGGUGUGCCGCCAUUUUGUAGAAGACCACCCGCAUCUCCUAAUCAAGGAGAACAAAAUGGAAUUGAAAUUCGAUGAAUAUUUUUAUCGAUAUGUUUACAACUCCGGUUCAUCCACCAUCUGUGCGGAUCAAUGUUUUUAUAUGGAUGGCAAUGUCAUUCAAUUAUGGUUGCAAGUUAGUCUUCAGAAAAAACGACUUCGGGUGGCUUUGAUGUUUUAUGGUAGUGAAAUAGAACGAUAUAAGUAUCAGUGCUUGAUUCGCCUGAUGGUAAGCAAAAGAGCUAAACAGAAGAAGUUUGUUUGGUGCGCCCCAUAUUCUUCCACCUUUGAAGAAAUUCCAGAUAAUUAUGUUGCAGAGUUCGAUUUUACACGAAUGGGGGAAUUUCACUUGGAAAUGAUGAAUAACUCCAAAUGA